CGGGGCUGAGUCCGCGGCCCGGCGGGCGAUGCCGACGUGAGCGGCUGCGUGCUCCGGGCCUGCGGCCGGCCGCGCGCGAUUCCCGCCGUCCAGGGGCGCCGCUCGCCAUGGGCGCCGAGGCGCCGCUCCGGCUGCCGGCCGCGCCCCCGCUCGCCUUCUGCUGCUACACCUCGGUGCUCCUGCUCUUCGCCUUCUCGCUGCCCGGCGGCCGCGCGUCCCACCAGCCCCAGGGCGGCCACGGCGGCCAGGGCGGCCAGGGCGGCGACUGUCCCGGCGGCAAAGGCAAGAGCAUCAACUGCUCAGAAUUAAACGUGAGGGACUCUGAUGUGAGAAGCUGUGAUGAGGCAUCUUGUAAAUAUGGAGGAGUCUGUAAAGAAGAUGGAGAUGGCUUGAAAUGUGCAUGCCAGUUUCAGUGCCAUACAAAUUAUAUUCCUGUCUGUGGAUCAAACGGGGACACUUAUCAAAAUGAAUGCUUUCUCCGAAGGGCUGCUUGUAAGCAACAAAAAGAGAUAACAGUAGUUGCAAGAGGUCCAUGCUACUCUGAUAAUGGUUCUGGAUCUGGAGAAGGAGAAGAGGAAGGUUCAGGAGCAGAAGUUCACAGAAAACAUUCCAAAUGUGGACCUUGCAAAUACAAAGCCGAGUGUGAUGAAGAUGCAGAAAAUGUUGGGUGUGUUUGUAAUAUAGAUUGCAGUGGCUACAGUUUAAAUCCUGUCUGUGCUUCUGACGGUAGCUCCUAUAAUAACCCUUGUUUUGUUCGAGAAGCAUCUUGUAUAAAGCAAGAACAAAUUGACAUAAGGCAUCUUGGCAACUGCAAAGACACAGAUGACAAUAGUUUAUUGGGAAAGAAAGAUGAUGGACUACAAUAUCGACCAGAUGUCAAAGAUGCUAGUGAUCAAGGAGAGGAUGUUUAUAUGGGAAACCAUAUGCCUUGCCCUGAAAACCUUAAUGGUUACUGUAUCCAUGGAAAAUGUGAAUUCAUCUAUUCAACUCAGAAGGCUUCAUGCAGAUGUGAAUCUGGUUACACUGGACAGCACUGUGAAAAGACAGACUUUAGUAUCCUCUAUGUAGUGCCAAGUAGGCAAAAGCUCACUCAUGUUCUCAUUGCAGCAAUUAUUGGAGCGGUACAGAUUGCCAUCAUAGUAGCAAUUGUCAUGUGCAUAACAAGAAAAUGCCCUAAAAACAAUAGAGGCCGACGACAGAAGCAAAACCUAGGUCAUUUUACUUCAGAUACAUCAUCAAGAAUGGUUUAAACUGAUGACUUUUAUAUGUACACAGACCAUGUGAUGUACAUUUAUUGUCUUUUUUUAAAGAAUGGAAAUAUUUAUUUCAGAGGCCUUAUUUUUGGACAUUUUUAGUGUAGUACUGUUGGCUUGUAUUUAGAAUAUUCAGCUACAACAGUUUUGGACUGUUUAGUAGUGUUUGUUUUAUGUUUUUAAAUACAGAAAUUUGUUUCACAAAUUUGUACCACAUGGUAAUUAUAAGACUUGUUCUUUACUCAUGGAAUGUAAUAUUUUUGCAAAGAUGGACCACUUCACAAAUGGUUAUAAAGUCAUAUUCUCUUCUUUCACAAUGAACACAGCAAGUGGAAAAGCAUGAACUAAAGGUAAAGAUGUUUACAGAUUACUUUUCUUACAAGAAAAAUCUAGAAGACACUGUGUUUAAAUAGACAUUUAAAUGUUUUUGAGAUUUAGUAACUGAUUUUUUUAGACACUGCCUAUCGCAUGAGCUGUAAAGAUGUGUGUGUUAGAUGUAAAAUAUUUAUAAAAUGUAUGGGCUAAAAUUUGAUGAUUUCGCUAAAAAAAUUCUGAUAAUUUGCAAAAGUUUCUGGUAGAAAUGAUGGAACAGAUCAAUGAAAAGUAGAUUUAGAUAUUGUGAAAAUAGUCUGUCUAAGAAGCAGAUCAGAAGAAAGCCUACUCUAUAAGUUAAACUACUUUAAUACACAUUCAUUUUUAAAGAAAAUGUUUGUUUUAACAUAAAUAAAAUUGUAUCAGUGUUUGUGAAUAAAAUGCAAAAUAGUUAAUGAUUGGUACUCUUAAAGUGAGCUUUAAAAACUAUCUGAAACCUCUAUCCAAAUUUGUUCUGUAGUAAUAACUAUAUUAAUAGACUGUUGGUGUUUAAAGAUGAGACGUGUGAGUAGAAUGUACUGAGCUAUUUAACAUGUAGUUUAAAUAUUCAGAAGUAUGCAUGUAGAAUUUUAGGAUAUGUUCAAAAUUAAAUAUUAAUUUUAAUAUUUGGUUUGCAAAAGCAUGCUAUAAUAUAAUGUUUUCACUAUA